AAUAUCUCUCUUGCCUUUCGCUUCUCUUCUAGUCCCUUCACAUUCCGGAUACAUCGCUCUCCAUUCUCUUCUCUCUCUCUCUCUCUCUCUCUCUCUUCGCGUUGAAACCCUAACCCUAGCUCACCAAUCAGGUUUCGCCAUGAAAGGAGCCAAAUCGAACACGAAGAAAGCCGAUACCAAGCUUGCGGUGAAUAAGAAGAGCACCAAAGUGGGAAGAGGUAAGAAGGCAGUCAAGGACCCUAACAAGCCCAAGAGACCAGCCAGUGCCUUCUUCGUUUUCAUGGAGGAGUUCAGGAAGCAAUUUAACAAGGAGAACCCUAACAACAAAGCAGUAUCCGCUGUUGGUAAGGCUGCUGGAGCAAAAUGGAAGUCCAUGUCGGAAGCCGACAAGGCACCUUAUGUUGCAAAGGCUGAGAAGAGGAAGGUUGAGUAUGAGAAGAACAUGAAAGCCUACAACAAGAGACAAGCUGAAGGUGUCAAUGCGGCAGAUGAUGAAGGAUCUGAUAAGUCGUUGUCCGAGGUGAAUGAUGACGAUGAGGGAGAUGAGGAUGGCAGUGGAGAGGACGAUGAUGAGGAGUAGAUUAUGGCAUAAAGGAUAGCAUAGUCACCUAGGCUGUCAAAAUAUUUUAUCAAUCCAUGUUAAUGGGUUUGAUUGUUAAUUGUUAAUCGGUUCUUCUCUUCGGAAUAUACUUCUACUCCCUUUGUCCACUGAUUUUGGGCUCUUGAAUUUUUAUAGUUAUUAUAGAAGGGAGAAUCAUCUCUAUUUGUACGUUUCUUUAAGUCUAAUGACUAGCUAGGUGAUUCUGUCUUUUGUAGAGAGAAGCUGGCCUCCUUGAUAUAACUUUUGAUGUUAACUGAUUGCUAUGGCCUCUUUCUUACUAA